GCAAAUCUUUACCACAUAUCUCAAUUGCGGGCGUUAGCGGAAAACUAUUUUUUUUGUGUAUUAUGUUAUCCAUUAUCUAAUUUUCUUUAACACAUUUUUUCAAUGUUAGGUUCGGGUAAUCUUACCAUUCAUACAUGAGUGCUACAUUUGUAUGCUGAAGUGGAUAAUUGUAAUAUAAUUAAUUUUUGGAUGGCGCAUGAUUUUUGUCCUUGAUAAUAUAAUAAUUGAAUUGGGCAGAAUGGAUUGUUCUUCAAAAAACUUCUAAAUUAGGUGAUACCUACUAAUGGGAAACCAGUUCAACCGAACUUUUUUUACAGAAAGUAACAUCUUUAUGGAACGUCUGGAAACUUGGAGGCCAUGCGAGGAGAUCUUGGGAGAUUUUCGAGAUAGGACCUACGCAGUCAUUGUACUUAACCGUCGAAUUAAUGUUUGCUUCAGACAUGAUGUGGUGUUUAAUAUGUGGACACAAGCCAAAUUACGCGUAACCGUAGAUGGUGGAACAGAACGUUGGAUAAAAUGGCUUUCUGAUCAUGAAUAUGAAUUGUCAGAUGCUCCUGUUCCAGACCUCAUUACAGGCGAUAUGGAUUCACUAUCCGAAGAAGUUCUGAUUUAUUUUAAGAAAACGGGUUCCCGUGUUAUUUGCACGCCAGAUCAGGAUGAAACUGAUUUUACUAAAGCUUUAAGGCAACUAGAAAAAUAUAUGACAACACAUGACACAAAACUAGACACAAUUUAUGUGUUUGGUGACACAUCCGGUCGUUUUGACCAAAUUUUGGCCAAUAUUAACUCCUUGUACAAGGCUCUCACCUUCUUGGCGAAUGUAAAAAUAUAUCAGAUAGCUUCAAACUCCAUUACUUGGCUACUAAACAAAGGAAAACACUGUAUUAGUAUACCAGAAAGCUUGAGAGUCAACUUGGAUUGGUGUGCUUUGAUUCCUAUUGGAUCACCAUGUAUUGUCAGCUCUAAUGGCCUAAAGUGGAACUUAAAUGAUUCAAAGUUGGCUUUUGGGGACAUGGUCAGCAGUUCUAACACUUACAGUGGAGAACCUGUUGUUUGUAUCACAACGGAUAGCCCUGUUGUGUGGUCUAUGGGCAUAGGAUCUCUAUCCUAAUAAUCAAUUGUAGUACUUUUUUUUCUUUCAUUUUAAUUGCAAAUUUGUAUGUAAUUCAUUAUAAACAGCUGUGAUUUAAUAGUAUGUGAUAAUUUUGAUAAAUAUAAGAUUUUUGUGAGUAUUUUUAGU